CGUUCCUAAACUCCUAGGUGCAUCACCAUGUGUACACUCGGUAGACGAAGUUACUCUCUAGGACAUGAAUAGUAACCAGGGUAUAAGGGGCUCUCCGCUUUGUUUCCAUCUUCUCCUUUCCAGAUUCUACAUGAUUUCGUUUAAGUGACGGAUUGACAUGAAAAGAAAUGUCUGCUUUACCAGAUCGAAUAUGAAACGUUUAAAGUUAAUUACGGUUAUAUUUUUUGUCAUUCUCUGUCUGGCUGCAUUACAAAUAUUUCAAGAUUGGUCUUCUAAUAUUCAUAGAUUUGUUGGUAUUUCAUCUACUCCGUCCAAUUCAAGAAAAGGAACAUUGAGAAUUUUACAAACCACAGAACAGAUAAAGUCAAAAUCCUCUUUAACUCCACUAAUUAAAACGCGGUCGACUACCAAAACAGCAGUUGUUAUUAAAAAAUCUUCGACGAGACUAAUGCCACCAGCUACAAAGUCUUCAACCAUAUCCAUAACUGCAUUUAACAAAAAGUCAUUGCCAGCUAUAGGGACGUCGAACAAAAAAUCGACUAUUUUGAAUAUAGUUCCUCAUACUAAGUUAAAAACUAUGAGUAAAAAGAACUGGAACGUAUAUCGUCAAAUAAUCUUGAACAAUUUUAAAUUAUUUCCUAUUAUUAAAAAGGAGAAAGUGACGAGAAUAUUAUUAAUUACGUAUUUUCGAGGAGGUUCUACAUUUUUAGGAGACAUUUUACAACAAAACUGGAAGACUUUCUAUCACUUUGAACCUUUGCAUUUGAUGUCAUCCAAUUCCAGACUCGAUCACAAUCAAUCGUCCGAAGCAUUCAAACUUUUAUCAUACCUUUUUCGUUGUAAUUUUUCUCAGACUUUUCGUUAUAAUAGAUGGGCAUCUUUUCAAAAGCAUAUGUUUCUGUUUAAAAGAAACAGAUUUUUAUGGUCCACUUGCAAUAAAUACUCAGUUUUAUGUUUCAAUUCUCAAUAUUUGCAUAAUAUUUGUACUAGAUCUCCCGUACAAGUUAUGAAACUUACCAGACUUCAUCUUAAAGAUGCUUUGCUUUUUCUGAAAGAAAACUCCGAUUUAAACAUAAAACUGAUAUAUUUGAGUCGAGAUCCAAGAGCGAUCAUUAGUUCUCGAAAAGUUUUAGAUUGGUGUAAGAAAGAAAAGUGCAAUAACCCAGCUAUUCUGUGUAAAGAAAUGGAUAAUGAUUUUGAAGAAUUGCAAAAAUCAAACAUACCCCAUCAAUGGAUACGAUACGAAGAUUUAUCUAUAGAUACCGAAAAUAUAACUAGAAAUCUUUACAAAUGGCUAGGUAUUCCUUUUACAUAUCAAGUAACUUCGUUUUUGCAUUCUCAUACGAAUGCAAAAUUAUCAGACACCAAAGAUCCUUACUCGACCAGAAGAAAUUCUUCAACGGCACCCUUUGAGUGGCUACAUCGGUUACCGUAUCGCGAAAUUAAUAAUAUCCAAAUUAGAUGCGCUGGUACCAUGAAUAAAUUAGGAUACAAAGAAAUUGAUAAUUCUACAUAUUUUGAUUACAACGGCCAAAAAAGUUUACAUCUCAAUAAAACUGCCUUAUAUUAAUAUGUCGAUAGUAUUCGUAUAGUCUUAAAGACAAGAUUUCCAACACGUGCCUUUGUAUAGAUCUGUAUAGAACACACAAAACAAAAUAUUAUAAAAAGUACCGAUAAACUCAACUUAUUGUUCACUAAAUUUGAAUCAACACUUUCAACAAGCUUAACCCUGCUAAUUUAAACCAGUGAUAUAUCCAGGAUUUUCAGAAUAUGGGUGCUGCUCAAGGCAGAAAUCAAGGAAACCAAGGCAGGUUUUUCGGUCAAUGUUACCUAAUUACUUUAGUUACCAAAUCUUACAUAAUCGAAGUCGUGUGAUAUGCGUUAAUAUGUUUAGUUUUAAAGUAACAAAACUGAAUUGCUUUUGUAUAAAGGGGUAAUGUAGCACCAUAGGUACUACCUGGAUACUCCCCAGUUAAGUAAAAGUUUGUGUAGCACCGUUAGAGCUAAUUUUUAUAUCUUUGGAAUAGAGUAAGGCAUCAAAUGCAUUUUGAUUUGUAAGAAAACAAUUUGAUGUGAAAAAGUUUUAAACAAUGUAUCAGUCACAGUUUUUUCCGGCUUAGUACUUAAAAUAUCAUUAUCACUAUUCUGUACGAUUUUAUUAAAUAAAUAUUAAUUUUAAAAAA